UUCAAAUCAAUCCCCUCUCUCUAUCCCCUAUAUACGCGGCUUUCAAGCACAUCCUUACAAAGAUUUAUAUAUAUAUAUAUAUAUAUACGCACACACACACACACACACACCUCUUUUAUAUCAAUAUGACUUUCUAUAUAUACACAUAAAAUACAUAAUUUUUUAUAUAUCAAUCAAAUUCACCGCCGCGCGAGCCUCCCCAUUUCUUUGCCUCAAGCGUUGAAAGGGUAAUCUUCGACCACCGCCAUGGACCGGGGCGGCGCUACCCACGUUGCCCCCGCCGGAGGAGGUGGUUCCGGUGCCGUUGGAGUUCAGAUCCAGCCGACCCGAAGGCUACCUGAUUUCCUACAGAGCGUCAAUCUCAAAUACGUCAAAUUAGGGUAUCAUUAUCUGAUCUCCAAUCUCUUAACCUUGUGUUUCAUACCUCUAAUUAUCGUAACCCUAAUCGAGGCCUCUCAAAUGGAUGUGGGUGAUCUGCGCCAACUCUGGUUUCAUCUGCAGUACAAUUUGGUCAGCGUCAUCAUUUGCUCCGCUUUCUUGGUCUUCGGUUUGACCGUCUACAUCAUGACCAGGCCCAGGCCCGUUUAUCUCGUGGACUAUUCCUGUUUCCGUGCUCCCGAUCAUCUCAAAGCCCCGUUCGACCGCUUCAUGGAGCAUUCCAGGCUCACCGGCGACUUCGACGACACGUCGCUCAAUUUCCAGCGCAAGAUUCUGGAACGCUCCGGACUCGGCGAGGAGACUUAUGUCCCAGAAGCGAUGCACGAAAUCCCGCCGACGCCAACGAUGGCUGCGGCGAGGGAAGAGGCCGAGCAGGUCAUGUUUGGCUCCUUGGAUAACCUAUUCGCAAAUACGAAUGUCAAGCCCAAGGAUAUUGGGAUUCUCGUUGUGAAUUGCAGCUUGUUUAAUCCUACCCCAUCGCUUUCCGCUAUGAUUGUGAAUAAAUACAAACUCAGAGGUAAUAUUAGGAGCUUCAAUUUGGGAGGGAUGGGUUGUAGUGCUGGGGUUAUUGCCAUUGAUUUAGCGAAAGAUAUGCUUCAAGUUCAUAGGAAUACAUACGCUGUGGUUGUGAGCACCGAGAAUAUUACCCAGAAUUGGUAUUUUGGAAACAAGAAAUCCAUGUUGAUACCCAAUUGCUUGUUUCGAGUUGGGUGUUCGGCGGUUUUGCUAUCAAACAGGUCCGGAGAUAGAAGACGAGCCAAGUAUAGACUUGUUCAUGUAGUGAGAACCCAUCGUGGGGCAGAUGAUAAGGCUUUUCGCUGCGUUUAUCAGGAACAAGACGAGGUGGGGAAGACAGGCGUUUCACUGUCCAAGGAUUUGAUGGCGAUUGCUGGAGGAGCGCUCAAGACCAACAUCACAACUCUGGGUCCUCUUGUGCUUCCAAUCAGCGAGCAGCUUUUGUUCUUUGCCACCCUUUUGGUUAAGAAAUUGCUGAAUGGGAAUGUGAAGCCUUAUAUACCAGAUUUCAAACUGGCAUUUGAUCAUUUUUGCAUACACGCCGGUGGCAGAGCUGUGAUUGAUGAAUUGGAGAAGAACCUGCAGCUUUCACCAUCUCAUGUGGAGGCUUCAAGGAUGACUCUUCACCGGUUUGGGAACACUUCGUCGAGCUCGAUUUGGUAUGAAUUGGCCUAUACAGAAGCCAAAGGAAGGAUGCGCAGAGGAAACCGUGUUUGGCAGAUUGCAUUUGGAAGUGGGUUUAAAUGUAAUAGUGCGGUUUGGGAGGCGCUUAGAAAUGUAAAGCCUUGUCGAAAUGGUCCAUGGGAAGAUUGCAUUGAUAAGUAUCCGGUUAAGAUAGUUUCAUAGUUUUUGAAAUAAACAGUUUUACAAUUUGGGUUGACGCUCUUUUUCUAUAUAGAAUUAGUAGCCAAACCACUCUGUCUUGCCUGGGUCACAUUGCUGUGGUAUUUAGUUUUGGGGGGUUUUGUCUUUUUUUUCUAUUUUUUAUUUAAUCUGAUAUUGGAAGUCAUAUUGUGGUUUUUCCAUCACUCAGUGUUUUCAUUAUCCAUUUAGGAUGGUCAAUCUAUCUAUGCUAUGAAACUUCUUUUCACUGA